CCAAAGCUUCACCAAAAAUCUUUGCACCCAGUCAACUUCGACCUUCACCUACACCACCAAAAACCACCACGCAACACAACAACCACGGCGAUUGAACCCCCGAACCCCCCCAAUCGAAUCUCAUUAGCCAUUGCGAAAUACACCUGGACCCGUGGAAUCCACCUCCGACGCACUACCGGCGCACCACCCCGCGGUCCCGUCGCCGUCACCACCACAAAACAAUGCCUAUCACAAUCCUCGCCCCAAGGGGCACGUCUUCACACCACAAGCCCGCACGCUACACCGCUGCCGCCGAUUCAGACUCGGACUCCGAUGGUGGCGCCGACAUCGAGGGCGACAUCCCCAUGCGGCCGGCGAAGCGCGCCCGCGGCGACAACUACGACAUCGUCACCCCGGGUGAGAUUAUCACCGACGAUCCCCAGUGGAUGAGAGGACACGGAACCUAUAUAACCCCGACGACGACGGAAAUCGUCUCCUCGGUCGCCGGCACCGUCACCCGCACUAACAAACUCCUCUCCGUUCGCCCUCUCCGCGCCCGCUAUACCCCCGAGAUUGGUGACCUCGUCGUCGGCCGCAUCGUGGAAGUCCAAGCGAAGCGCUGGCGCGUCGACGUCGGCUCGUCGCAGCUCGCCAUCCUCCAGAUUUCCGCCAUCAACCUGCCCGGCGGUAUCCUCCGCAAGCGCACCGACACGGACGAGCUGCAAAUCAGGUCCUUUUUCGCCGAGGGCGACCUGGUGGUGGCCGAGGUCCAGCAGCUGCACCAAGACGGCGCGGCCAGCUUGCAUACGCGGUCCCUCAAAUACGGCAAGCUGCGCAAUGGCGUCUUCGUCGCCGUUACGGGCACCGGCGGCGGUGGCGGCGUUGUGCGGGCCAAGAGGCAGCAGUGGGUCAUGGACGCGGCACGCGGCGCGAGCAAGGUGCACGUCACGCUCGGUGUCAACGGCUUCAUCUGGAUCAGCAAGCACGUCGAGAGUGAUGUGUCUGAGAGCGUGGGGCUUAACCGCAUGGAGGAGAGCGUAAGCGCCAACGUGUACUCGAGCCAGAAUGACCGGAUCGAUCACGAGACCAUGCGCGAGGUCGCGCGGAUACGCAGCGUCAUCCUGGCGCUGGUCGAGAAUGGGCUGAGGGUCGACGAGGACAUGGUCGUCAGGGGGUAUAAAGAGGCGGUCGACAUGGGGCUGGAGAGCGUCGAGGACGACAUCUACCUUGGCGGCGAGAGGGGGAAGAGGCUCGCCGAGGCUUUGCUGAGGGAGUGAGUAGAUGUGUCAUCGAGGAGGUCAAAUAGAAUAAAAACAAGGAUCAUAAAAGUCGAGUUCGUGGAAAAGGUCUUUAAAGAUAAGAUGUAAUAGAUACUAAAAGGGGGGGUGGGCUUCGUAUAAAACCGCCAAAAGGAACCCCCAAAUCCGCCUGACAUCAGAAACGCUAUGCAAUAUGUAUCUAUAGGCCAUGUGACCAAUUCGUGGUAUCAAGAAAGAAGUGUGUCCAAACAGCACGGGAGGUACGCUCCUACAAGGUCUCGACCAGCUCCGCGCCAGCGAAGUAUCCCUUAUUCUCGAUCACGCCCCGGUCUUUCACGAAUGCAGUGUACUUGACAACCCACUCCGGCGUGAGGUCGCCCUCAAGACCAUCCUUGCCCUCGGCGGGGUCGGCGAGGACUCCAGCGCCCUGCAAGCCGUGACCGAGGAGGUCGCGGAGGGUGCCUCGGGGCAGGAUGUCGGUGCAGUCGGUGUGGACGAGUAACUCAACGCCCUCCGCCUUGGCCAACUUGACCAGCGUGGGCGGCACGCUGCAGCAGUCCUUGAUGUUGAUCUGGUCAACGGCCGGGCGGACGCUGACCUUCUUGAUAAACCUAGCCAGCUUUUCGGUGCCGAACUCGGAGAUACCGAGGGCCUUGACCUCGCCCCGCUUAUACAAAUCCUCCAGCACCGUCCACGUCGCGGCCUCCUCGUCGAUGUUGCCCUGGGAGGCGUUGCGCUUGUCAGCCUCCCAUUCGCAGUCGCCCUCAAAGGACAUGCCGGGGAACGAGGCGAUGAGCAGGUCUAUUGUCGUGACGCCCAGCUCCUUUCGUACGAGGCUCAAGGCAUCCUGAACAUACCGGGCGCGGUCCUGUGCGGGGGCGUUGGGAAGGAAGAAGAGCUUGACGGUAAUGUCGUAGUUGUCGGGCUCCUCCUGCAGACCGGAAUAGGACCAAUCUAUGCGGGGGAUGUAGAGAGCAUCGUUCUCGCGGACGGUCCACACAUCGAUGCGGGGCCGACCAGAGUCGCUGUGGGAGAAGCCGUUUGAGUGACCGUUCAAGACGCCGUUCCCGUUGACGGGCUCAUCGUCGAUAGGCGAAGAGUCCUCGGCGGGCGAGUAAUCUUGCUGGGCAGCGAGGAAAUUGCUCCGCAGUGAGUUGGUCAGUUCGAGAUUCGAUCUGUAGGCACCUGGUUUACGGAUUAUGGAGGGACCGCCCGAGACAAUGUUUCUGCACGCGGCGGAGGACCACCAAUCAGCAUCAUGGUGUCAAAAAAAACCCAAUGUGUGCAAGAACAAGAUGGCACAAACCCCGUGGAAAGAAUCAGCUUCGUCAUGACGGUGGCUAUGGUGGUCGAUGACAAGUUUUCUUGGUGAGUGUAGCCGAAGAUCAGAUAGCCCGGUAGACAAGAGUAAGAUUGCGUCGCGAAGGGUCUUGAUUGCGCAGUACCAGCAAGAUAGUUCUUUCUUCUUCUUUUGCUUCUUCUUCAGCAGUACCCUUUAUUUCUUCUUGGUCGUUUUUUUUUUGUGUUGGCGCCUGGAUUUUUUUUAGACUUUUGGAGGGGUUGAUUAACAAUCCGAGUCUGAGCGGCGCCGAUAAGGAUUGCGGUCCGCUCGGGAUUCACAAGCAGGUGAGACAGGGUAAUUAAUAAUGGCUGGCGCGGUAUGCGAAUGUCGGCUUGUGUAUGGAAAAGGCUGAGGUAGGGGAUAAGCGCGUGACAAGGUUGUGAUCUGCAAUGAUGGAAUGCAGACAAUGAGGGAGGGGUUCAGGUUCUAGAAGGACGAAAAAUGAUUCCGGGAUUCGGAGGUGGAUCGACGAUGGUAUUUGUUCCGUCUGUUGCUGGCCAAGGUGAAGGAGGACAGCGGAAGAGGGACAUAUGGGGGGAGCAGAAGGUUGUGGAGGACUGGUUCCCUUUUCUAGAAUUUGGAUGACAGCGAGAUUCGACUCAGGUCUGUCUCGGUGACCAAAAGGCAUGACUGAAUCGA